ACAUUGCUAGAAAAGCGUAUUUACGAGCCGUCAGAUAAGAGGGCUUCAGUGAUGAGGAAAUGCCCAAAGUUUAAGUUUGUUGAAAAGUUCAGAUCGAUGACCUCUUGAUUUAGUCAACUGAUCAAGUCUCUAAAGUUUGAUGAUGUCAGUGAACAUGGUGUCUAACAUCAGUCCAGUAGGGGGAGUAAGAGAGACACAUUCUGCCACAGUGGGAGGGAGUAAACCCCUGCACCGCUUCAUACGAGGGGAGCCGAAGAGUAUUGGGAUUGUAAUGCUGUUCAUGGGCUCAUCACUCUUCCUCUUGGCGAUUCCCAUGAGAAUGGAUCCACUGGAGUCCUCUGCGGAGAAUUUCACCUCUUUUUGGCUAGGAAUCCUUUUCAUCAUCUGUGGGCUGUUAUACGUGUUCACAGAGAAGAAUACUUCAAAACAAUUGGUGACAGCAAGCCUGGCCCUUAGUAUCAUCUCUAUAUUGGGGGUCACAGUGGCUUUCUUUGAAUUCCUUAAAGGCAUCCUGAACAUGCAGUAUUACCAUUACCGCUAUUAUUAUUCCUACUAUGAUGACAUCACAAACUCUACCAGAGUUGAUGUCCCCUGGCGUAAACAUCAUACGGGCCAGUUGCUCAGCCUUGAGGCUGUAUUCAUGUAUCAGAGCUUAGUGGGAAUGGUGUUCCUAAUAAUGAUGACAGCAUUUGCCAGGGCUGCCUUGCGGUCCAGUAAGACACAGGUAAAGUACUGUGGCAGUGACAAACCUUAUAUUUAUCCUAGCCUGGGGCUUGUAGACUGUGGUAAGUAUGCCAGUGCAAUUACUCAAAUGCAUGUAGAUUUUUAAGUGCCCUAAAGAAUCUGACAUAAUCUUAUCUGUAAAUUAUGUUAUUACAGUGUAUGUUUCAGUGGAGGCUGGUGAGGGGAGGACGACUCAUAAUAAUGGCUGGAACAGAGCAAUUGGAAUGGCAUCAAACACAGAAACCAUGUGUUUGAUACUAUUCCACUCAACCGCUCCAGCCAUUAUCCCAAGCCUGUCCUCCCCAAUUAAGGUGCCAUCAACGUCCUGUGGUAUGUUUGUACUGUAUAGAGUGUACAUAAUGUUUUUUUGUCUUUCUCUUGCAAGGUGAAUGCCUAAGAUAAACUCUGUCCUUUUUCUUCUUUACAGGCAAUUGUGGUAAUGAACAAUCUACCAUCAGCAGACUGAAUGAAGAAAAAGCAAGCCUUUUAUGACUGUCUCUGCCAUGAUGGAUGGAUAGAAAACUUGCAUUUAUUGAUAUAAUAUAAAUGUAUUCAAUGUGUAGAACAUUUCAUUAAAUGCGCAUAUAGAAAUUGUCUUUGUAUACACUUUACUUUGAAAUAAAUGGAAUAAAAUAACACAUCCAUGUAAUACAAUAAACAAUUAACAUGAUCAUUA